AUGCAUAUCUUCGAUUGGCUUGAAUAUAACCGAAUCAUCAUUAGAUUUACGGCCGCCGUGGGUCGACCCGGAUUAGCGAGGGAGGCACGGGAAGCCGUCCAGAAGGCCAUCAGCACCGCCAAUCCUCUCAGAAAACCACCCCUUGCCGAGCCGGUUGACUACGAAAAAUUCGUCCGAGAAAAAAGUAUAUUACUGGAGAAUGACCCUCAAAGAGAUUUACUGCUCUUUCCGAGAGAUGAUAUUGCGGAAACCUCACAUCAAGUUGAGCCACCGACGGAAGUACCCUCAGCUACAGAGGCGGAUAUUGAAAGUGCAAGAUGGCUUUUGACAAAAGAAGCACUUCGAUUAUACGCAGCUCCCUACAGUACCGUUGAGUUUAACUAUCUACGUUUUGCCGGGGAUUACAAUACCGUCCUUGAAAAUACAAACUCGGAUGCCGAUGCUGCAUUGGCGUCAUUGGUUUUCGAGUCCGAUAUUGCACAAGAAGAGGAAAAAGCUGUUCGAGACGGAUUUCUGAUGAAAGAAAAGAUUAAAGAAGGCUGGCUCGUGGUGGUCAAAACGGACCCAACACUUUUGGAUAAAUAUAAAUCAGAGAAGAAGAGGUACUGUGUGUUGAAGCGAACGGAUAAUGGAGAUAUUACAGUGCAAAUCUCAAGAGGUCCAAAUAUGCCCCCAACAAAACUCCCCCUGCGCGUCAGUAGUUGUCAAAUAAAGAAGACGAAAAAGGAUAAAACUAUUCUAGAAAUGAAAUCGCAAGCCGAUGAUGAUACGUUGAGCGGGAAUAAAGAACCGAAAGACAAGGGGAUUUCUUUUAUGAGCGAGAGCCCGAAUUUUUUGGAAGAAUGGAAUACAACUGUAAAUUUGGCAUUAUCACUUAAAGAUAAAGGAGACCAAUCGAAUGGCACCCUCGAUGCGCUUGAAAGGAAAACAAGCCGCCAGGAAAAUCAGGGAGAUUCGGAAAGUAUUCACAGCGAGGAUAGCGGAGGGUCUGUUGGUCGCGAGAGUACCUAUUGGAGAGGCAGAAAUACAGCUGUGCGAGCCCUACAACCCCCGAUAGUAGAAAGAAGGAAUUUAUUUGCAUUGUACAAUCAUUUAGAGCCAUUCGUCGAUUGGAAAGGGGAUGGCUGUUCUCUAUUGGAAACCCCAGAUUCAAAGCCAACGCCACAAUCUACCGUACCUUCAACACCUACUAUUAAUACUAGAAUUUCGUUUUCGGAUCGUCUUACCGUGCCACAAAUCACUUAUAAGAUUGAGGUAAAGCGGAUUGACUUGAGACUCCCGAUAGCUGCUACUCAAAUGGAACAGAUCGAACCCUUCUUCCUGCGUGUAUUCCUUUUUGACUGCUCUUCUGGGCGGAGGAUAACGGAAGAAGUUCAUAUCGACAUAAACUCCGCCGAUCUGACAGCGAUAUGGAAGAUCAAUCGAGAGCGGAAAAUUUCGUCUACUAGCUACACGGUGAACCAAAUUCCGUCUACCGUAAUUGGGUGUGGGACGGCGAGGACGAUGAGCUGCACGAUACAGUCACCAAAUCGUCAAUUAUGGGUGGUGGCCAGGGUGGAUCGGGUUCUUAAUCCAGAUGUUCAGGGUGAGCUUUACAUGCGGAGUGCCGAGCCAAAGGCUGUGGUAAAGCUCCAGAAAAUGGUGGCAGCUGCCUGUACCAGAUUGGGGACCUAUCGGACCCGUUUUGCGUGGACAGCCAGGCCACUUGUAACAACUGGACCUCCUGGGACCCACGCAACAAUGCCGGUUUUCCGGUGUGAAGGGAAUAAAUUGAGCGACUCGGAUUUGCAAAGAUACCUUCAGGAUUAUAACAAGAUCGAAAAAGCCAGCAAAAUGACAAUCCCCGGGGCAACGGCGACGAUUACAGUGGAAACCGUGGACGAUUUGGAAACGAUUCCUUUCCGGGUCUCACCCUCGCUUCUCCCUCUGAGGCCAUGGAAGAGCCCGAAGGAUUCCCCGAUUCCGCCCUGUUUCGAGAUGCAAACAUUUGGGGACGAUAUCCAGGAGCCGCACUCGGAUUUGGUCAACUUGCUCUAUGUAUAUCCGUUGAAACUCAAAUACGACUCCCAAAAAGUAUUCGGAAAAGCCCGAAACAUCGUAUGCACUGUAAAAUAUAUGAGAGCCGGUGAAGUGGUCGAUGGUGCGAUUAUUGACCGUCUUGGCAUCGGCGGCCCAUUUGUUUCUCAAGGGACCUGCGCAGUACAACAUCAUCAACAGUGCCCGGUCUUUUGUGAAGAGAUAAAAAUGAGACUGCCGCUCUGCUUACAACCAGUUGAUCAUCUACUAUUCCAAUUCUCGCACGUCUCCGUGGCUGGGGUGAAUAGUGUGAAGAGCCCGGGAGAGUCCGUGGAAACCCCGGUGGGCUACUCCUGGCUCCCAAUGCUGUCCCGCAAGGAUCGCCUAAUGAUGGAAUGCGAUGAGCAAGAGUUCUCACUCCCCGUUGCGGUCGAGCUGCCCCAAAAUUAUUACAAUUGCAACCCACUGGCAGCUACAAAAGAUGAUGGAGUGGAUGUUCGAUGGGUGGACACAAAGCACUUAUUUUCGGUCAGGUUGCGGAUGGUUUCAUCAGCAUUUACGACAGAGCCAAGGUUACACAGCUUUUUCCAGGCUUGUCAAAAGCUCGAGACGUUAGAAAAUGGCGAUGAUUUGAUGGAUUUGCAAAAGUCAACCGACUCUCCACGCUCGUGCUCACCCUUAGCGAGGUCGCCUGAGAACGAAAACAGGAUUGUUCGGGAGUUAGAAUCGAGAGUAGAGGACCUUGCUACUAUCGACAUCCGAAGACUCCUCCUCUUCCUCCCAACCCUCCUUCGAAGGAUCCUUAUUCUCUUAACUGCUUCUCCCACCGACAGACUCGCCCUGACUUGCUUGAAUUCAAUAACCCUCAUUUGCAACCGGUUAACCUCGUCCGGAUACCGUACCCUCUUGCGUCAAUUCAUCCAGAAGCAAUGUGAGGAAGUCCCAAUCGGCCAAGAAACCGUGCAUGCCUCCGUCGUCAAAUAUAUCCCCCUCCUGUUGCAAAGAGCCAACCCGAACGAGGAGCUGAGCACGAUACUGAGGCAAAUGUGGUUCCUCUUGGAUGUUACUGUAAAAACGCUUACGCAACAUAUUUUGAGGAACGGGAUGAAUAGGAAUCCGAGAAAUGAACGGCUUUCUCGUGAGCUUUUGGAUCAAUUUGGGGCGUUUGUCGAUAUCAGUAUCAAAAUGAUCGUCACAAAACACGCCGAUUUUCCGGAAGAGACGCGAUUGGCAAAUACAGCUUUGGCUAAUUUUUAUCGAUGUUGCCUGUCAUUGAUUGAUCGUGGUGCUGUCUUCCGGUGGAUAUAUACGACGAUCUUGAAGCUGGACGAGUCGGAAGCAAAGAUGAUGCGACAAUACAAAGUUGAUCUGCUAGCCGUUUUGUUCCAACACGAGCAUCUACUACCCCUGUCUCUACCUGUACUCCUUGAUGAGAAGAAUGCCAUUCAACGGAUCAACUAUUCAUCUACGGCCCAGCAAGAACCAACCACCAUUAAUGCUGGAAACACUGCCGGAUUCCUAGCCCGCUUCAUCACCAAGCUAUUCCACGCCCCAUCACUCGGUGAACAGAACGAAACGGAAAGAUACUCUCAUUGCUCCCGAGAAUGGUGGUUGAGCCCCGACUACUUCAGCCGCCAUUUCCCAGUCGCAUUGUUGUUACAGGAAAUGUACGAAUCCCUGCGCGAACCCCGGGACUAUAGACGAAAACCUGUCAUGCUGCUAAGAAAUUUGCUAGCAAAGCAUAGCUUCGAUUUUCGAUAUGUUGAGACGAACACGAGGAGAAGAAUUGCUGUUCUCUACGCUCCAUUGAUCCGCUUUGCUCUCGACCAUAUCUCGGAGCUCGAAGCUGCUGUGGAGAAGCUGAACAAGGACACAAAUCCAUCCCUUAAUAAUCUUCUUGGAUGUACGAAAUGGCACUCUUUGGACAGAAGCGGAAAAGUUGGCAGCGAAUCAAAUCGGUUUCCGAACUACCCUACUACGUCUCGAGAAAAUGCUCCACAAAUUGCACCCCUAGCUGAGAAACUGGAUUUGGAUGAAGUGCAAGACGUCUUGAUUUCGAGUCUAUGGGUUUUACACCGGAUACCACCAAGAAUUCUGGGAUUACUGUGGAGUGAAUGUGUGGAUAAAGGCGCGAUGAAAUUCUUACGAUUCCUGGAGCUUACCCUCGAGGUCUUCCGGUACCGUGGCCGGAAGCACGCGCUGAAUACGUCGAGACCAACAAAACGUAGCAGCAUCCGAGCUUUGAUUCAAGUCCCAUCCGUACAACCAAUGGUGGAAAAUGAUGGAAGUGAUGAUGGGACUAGCCAGCUGCCUUUCGGUGUCCUUCAAGCUAUCAAUCUCAGUCAAGAAGUUGCCAUGACAGUGCUCGAUACGAUGGACACCUUCUUACGAGAGUUAGCGGCCCAAUGGCAAGUCGGAAGCUCCACUACCUGGGAAGAGAGCUUCCGAUAUUUGUUGUUGAUCCACCUGAGUCUGCUGGAGACCCAUUGGCCCGAGGGGGUUCGCUUGAACGCCUUGGCCUCGCUGGGAGCAUUUAUCAAUCAGUUCCGACCUCGUCUGUUCGAAUCGGGGUCUUUGGAUGCCCUGGCGUUGCUUAUUGAAAAGCUUCUGUUGCAGAUGGCUUCCCGACUCUCUACGAUCCAAUCAGCCUCUUCCGCCCUAUUCCAAUUCGUAUUGAGAGCUGGCUACGAGACUGUACAGAAUACGCUAUCAAAUAAAGCAAUGGCACUUUCUGUAUCCCCAGCCGGGAAGGAUGGCGAAUCAAAACGAGAUCUUUCGGCUGCCGAACGGCUCGGAAGACCGGGUACCCAAGCUGGUGUUGCAUUGGCACGGCUUCUUGGUACGCAGCAAGGAUUGGCUGGAUGUGUCGGAAGAUUCGAGCGUGGGCUCUGCUACCUGGAGGCGCUAAUUCCAAGGGAGCGACAAAAAGUGGGAGACUUCGAAGGGUCCGUGAGGGAACUUGUCAAACAGCUGCGAGGAGUGCUUGAAGCUACAAGCGCUUUGGCUCCAGCUUCGAAUGAUCCGGUUCCCGAUCUUCAUAUUCAACUUGCUGACAGCUAUCGAGGUUCUGCGGCUUAUCGCUCCCUCUGGUUUGACACUCUAGCAGAAGCCCACGCGGCAGAUGGAUGGCAUUCUGAAGCGGCUGUAGCUUAUGGCCACUCAGUAGCCAUCAUCGCCAAGGAGUUGGCUCUCAAAGGAGCCCUGAAUUCCCCAGAUUGGACUGUACUCGAUUGGAUAUCCUCCACGAUCGGUAUCAAAGAAGAUGUACGAAAUAAGGGGAUCGAAGUCGUUCAACCAGCCGAGUUCACAUUGGAAAAUCUCGCCACAAAAAUCGAAAGCUGCACUCGUGAAUUGACCCUAGCUGAGCGAUACGAAGCCAUUGGACCGAUUUACCGAUUGUUGAUACCAUCUCUAGAGAAGAAUAGGAAUUAUAAUUCCCUCCGGUCUGUAUAUGCUGACCUGAACCAAUCGUCAUCAAGAGCUCUAGAAGCAGCAAUGAGUGGAAGAAGACAUUUGGGCGCCUAUUUCAAAGUGGUGUUCAUUGGAUUGAGCCAUUUUGGGAAAGAUUUGCAUAUGAGCGAAUGGAUCUAUCGUGAGCCUGGGCUUACGUCCUUGGCGGAAGCUAGCUGUUCGCUCCGGGAAAACUGUCAACAGCUUCUUGGGACUGAUAGGAUAAAGAUCGAACCAGAGUCUGAGUUGGACCCGGACACCUUGGACUCAACGAUGGCCUAUAUCCAAGUAACACACGUCGAGCCGGUUUGUGAGGAUGAGAGGGAAUCGCUUAGCUUUGAGACGCAUACAAACUGCAGUACUUUUACUUAUGAAAGUCCAAUUAUGGUCGGCGAGCCUAUGGAAGAGAAAGGAGAACCACCUCUGCAUAAGCAGGGCCUCAAGAAAACAUUCCUAAUAGUGAGCGAAUCCUUCCCCUGCAAUCGACGACGACUCCCAGUCGUAAAGGAAAAGAAACGAAUCGAAAUAUUGUCGCCCAUCAAAUUUGCAUGCCAAAAAUUGAAAACGAAGGCCCGUCAAAUUUCCAAAGUCUUGGAUGCUACAACCGAGGGCCGACAGCUUGACUUGAAGGGGCUUCAGCUAUUGUUGCAAGGAGCUGUUAUGCCUACGGUAAAUGCCGGGCCGCUAGCCUAUGCCGAAGCCUUUUCACAGCCAGACCAACGUGAACUCUAUGGAGAACAUGGGAUUGAGGAGCUAUGUGAAGCCUUUAGGGAUCUGAUGAUGGCUUGUGAUAAAGGCUUAACGGUCAAUGGUCAGGCUAUAGGGCCGGAUCAGCAGAAAUACCAUGAAGUUCUCAUAAAAAGUGCUGAAGCGAUGCUGGAGCGAUUGGCCGGAUAUUUUGGAACUUCGUUCCGUCGCUCUUUCGAAGAAAAACCCGAUACUCAACGAUCCCCCAUUCAUCUCCUCGACACCAUCAGUGGAAUUAGUUCA